AUGGCCCCUACAGGUCAGAGCGCUUCAUGGUCUGACGUGCUUUGUUGCCGUAUCUGUUCAGAACUUUUUAGCUCCAAAAAACUGCCAAUAAAUCUUGCUUGUGGUCAUACAAUAUGUCAUAAUUGUCUUAAUGAGCUUAACACAAGUACCUGUCCGUUGGAUCAGACAGCAAUUUCCAUUCCUUUCGAAAAAUUACCUCCAAAUCUUGCAUUGCUCUCAAUCCUCUCAGAAUUUAUCAAUAGUAAACCGGAAAUUAAUCAAGAACUGUCCGAUGAAUAUCGACAUAUUGAGUCGAAUCUCGUCGAACUAGCCUCUUAUUUACAUCCUGUCGAGUGCUUAUUUGGAGGAAGUGUUUGGAGUGAUGAGUUAAGCAGGCCGAUGCAGCGCAAAUUAAUAUCACUGUUGUGUUAUCAGUUGAUGGAAUAUAAGGGUCUGCAGCGGGCACUUAAAACAGCACGUGCUUUGGCAGAACGUGCUCUUUCAGAAUUGGUCAUUUAUCAUCAAAAUAAUUCUAAUAUAUCAACAAUUUUGUGGUCUAGUAUACGUUCUAGAGGAUGCCAGUUCUUAGGUCCAGCAGCUAUGCAAGAAGAAAUUCUGAAGCUUAUUUUAUUGAUACUUUCGGACGGUGCAUUGAUAUCUCGUAAAACUUUGGUGUUAUAUAUUGUGCAGACACUGCGGGUUGAUUAUCCGCAAGCUUCGAAAACGUGUGUUGGUCAUGUUGUACAGUUGCUUUAUCGAGCUGGUUGCUUUCAUGUAUUAAAACGUGAAGGUGAAUCGUCAUUGAUGCAAUUGAAAACACAGUUUCGUGAUUAUGACGCACUGCGUCGUGAGCAUGAUGCACAAAUCGUACAAGUAGCUUUUCAGCAAGGUUUGCGUAUAUCUCCAGAUCAUUGGUCGGCUUUACUGUAUGGUGAUCAGCAUCAUAGAUCUCAUAUGCAAAGCAUUAUAGACAAACUCCACUCAACUCAAGAUUUCGAACAACAAGUCAGAGACUUGAAAACAGCAAUAGAACAGUGUUCUGGGCGAGAUAUGCUUAUUCCAGCAUUCGAGCAUUUCGAACGCUUUGCUAAUUUUGAUUAUUUAAAUGAAUUACCAGAUUGGACAUUGGCAGUACAUUUAUUCGAUUCGUUGUUAUUUAUAAUAAAAACAUAUGUAAAAUUCACACGGAUGAGAAGCAUAGCUAGAUUCAUUCCUGCAACUAAAUGUCCCAUGAAUCUAGUUCGAAAUUUGGCACCAGUAGCACAGCCUCUUUCAACACCAACGACCCCCUUAGUACUGCUGAUGAUGCAAGCAGUUAAUCAUUUCCUUUCUCCACCUUUAUUCCCAGUAGCCACACCGGUACAAGUUGGAGUCCCUGUUUCUAUUGAUAUGACACCAGUUUUUUCAGUACCUUCAUCAUUCUCACAAAUAUCUCCGAUUAGAUCUGGUGAUAUUGAUUCUUGUGUUCAAGAUAUUUAUGUAUCAGAAGAUAAUGGAGUGAAUGGAAAGCAGUUAGUUAUUCCAAAAUAUAUGGGAAUUGCAUCACAGUGA